AUGUCUUCAUUAACUCGAUUGUUACAAGAAAAACGAAAAAAUGAAACGUCAAAUUCAUCACCGAGAACUUCAGCUGAUACAUUGACCACAACACCCGAGUCACAACCUCUUGACGUUCAUUCUAGGAAUAAGAGCAGCAGUCAUAUUGGUAGUGUGAGCAAUGGCAGUAGCAGCGAUCGCAAUAGGGCUAUCGUGCCAGUGCCUGGCAGUGUCACAACUGUUACUCAAAUAUACUCAGAGGAAGAUUCAUCAUCUACGGCCGGUUCCUCUUUCGACGAUAGAAAUCAGUUUUCCUCCAGCUUCCUUAAUGCAAACUUUGCUCACACCGCGUCAUUCUAUGGUACAAGUGCACAAAGUAAAGAUAGAUUCGGAUCCCUAAUAAAUGACCAGGGUGCUGCAGGAUUUUCCUCACAUGGCGGUUCUCUUGCUGCACAGAAUAGAAUUACCAGUAGAUUAUCCGCCACGUCGCAUACUUCAGGAAGGGCCAUUCCUUCUUUGUCAUCCAGUAUACCUUACUCCGUGCCAAAUUCUAACAAAGAUAACAAUAGCUCAAAUAGCAACAGCUCCUCUUUAUCUUCUUCGUGGCUCGAAACAUACGCGGGUGGUAUGCCCAAUAAUAUUUCUGCAAUCGAUUCUAACGUUAUAUCUUCUCCAAAAGUGGAUAGUGUCGAACCACGUUUCGUUAUUUCCAAACAAAAACUUCAAAAAGCAUCGAUGGAUAGUAAUAAUGCCAAUGCUACUCAAUCAAGAUCUAUUUCCCGCUCAGGUUCAUUUUCUUCACAGCUUGGGAAUUUUUUCUUUUCCAAAAACUCAAAAGAAUCUUCAAAUCCGAACUCUGCAGGCAUGUCCUUUUCUGUCAAUUCCAAUGGCCCAUCUCCGAACAUUAAAAAUCCUAACGCUACAAAUGGUUCAACACCUAUUCCCAAGCCUAUCCGUGCAAGACAAAGCAGUAUAUAUUCUGCAUCAAGACAGCCAACUGGUUCCUAUACGGAUAAUUUUUACGGCUCCCCCUCAUCAGUACAUGACCACUUACCUCCAAGUCAAAGUGUUCCAAGGUCGCAACAUUCUUCCAUUGGUGAUUUAAAGAGGUUCUUCAAAAAGAGUUCUAACAGUAAUAUUUCCUCGAACAAUAACAACGUGAUCCCGAAUGGAUCACCUCUUUCUAGCGGAAUUGCUGUUCCCUCGCAUUCUCAUUCAUCGUCCCAUUUUUCAGCAGGGAACAAUUCGUAUUCCACUAGUUAUAACGGAAAUGGGGAUACUAUCUAUUCUCAUAACCACGGUGGUUCGGGGAUUCCGUUUUCGAAAAGGUAUGUUAAAACUGGAGCAGAUUUAGGUGCUGGAGCAGGCGGGUCUGUUAAAUUGGCCCAAAGAAUUUCAGAUAACAAAAUAUUUGCUGUGAAAGAGUUUAGAACUAAAUUCGAAAAUGAAUCAAAAAGAGAUUACGUCAAGAAAAUUACAUCCGAAUACUGUAUUGGUACGACUCUGAAUCAUCCCAAUAUUAUUGAAACAAUUGAAAUCGUGUAUGAAAAUGAUAGAAUUUUGCAAGUUAUGGAAUAUUGUGAAUACGAUUUGUUUGCUAUCGUAAUGAGUAAUAAGAUGUCAUAUGAAGAGAUUUGUUGUUGCUUCAAACAAAUACUUACCGGUGUACAAUAUUUGCAUAGUAUUGGCUUGGCUCACAGAGAUUUAAAGCUGGAUAAUUGUGUUAUAAAUGAAAAAGGUAUUGUAAAAUUAAUCGAUUUUGGAGCAGCUGUAGUAUUUUCGUAUCCAUUUUCAAAAAAUCUUGUGGAAGCAAGUGGAAUUGUUGGCAGUGAUCCAUACUUGGCACCUGAAGUUUGUAUAUUUGCCAAGUAUGACCCUCGUCCCGUAGAUAUCUGGUCUUCUGCAAUUAUUUUUGCAUGUAUGAUACUGAAGAAAUUUCCAUGGAAAAUCCCGAAACUAAGAGACAAUUCAUUCAAACUGUUUUGUUCCGGACGUGAUUGCGACUCCUUGAGUAGUUUGGUGACAAGAACUCCUGACCCACCUUCCUAUGACGAGUCGCACUCAACAGAAAAGAAAAAACCUGAAAGCUCUUCUAAUAAUGUAUCGGAUCCUAAUAAUGUUAAUAUUGGGCCACAAAGAUUACUGCAUUCAUUGCCAGAAGAAACUCAGCAUAUUAUUGCACGCAUGAUUGAUUUGGCACCCGCAUGUAGAGGAAAUAUCGAAGAAAUCAUGGAAGAUCCUUGGAUUCGUAGCAUUGAUAUGUGCCAUUUGGUUGAAGAUGGAUUAUCGUUCAAAGUGGUUAGAGGAGAAGACCAUCAUCAUACACAAGUGGAUCAAAGUGAAGCCCAUAUUGCAGGCCUAGAAAAGAAAAAGAAAAAACAAAAUAAUCAAUAA